AUGUGUAAGCUCAGAGUUGUGGCAAGGCCCUUUAUUGUUUGUGAGGUUGGUUCCGGGGUCACCGCUAAGUUUUGGCAUGAUAAUUGGAUUGGCCUUGGCCCCCUUAUAGAGGUAAUCGGUCCUCUAGGCCCUCGUACAGUUGGUUUGCCUAUUGAUGCUGUGGUUAGGGAUGCGUUAAGGGGCACGUCUUGGUGGAUUGCAUCAAGCCGUAGCAGGAAUCCAAUCAUUGUUCAGCUUAAAAAUCUUCUCCCGGAGGCUCAGGGUUUGCUUGACUGUCAGCAUGACGACUCCUUUCUUUGGAAAACGGACCUUCAUGCACCAUCAAACAGAUUCUCCGCUCCAAGAACUUGGUCUGCUCUGCAUCCGCAAUCUCACACCGUCCCCUGGCAUAAGGCGGUCUGGUUUAAGAACCAUGUUCCUAAGCACGCCUUCAUUUGUUGGGUUGUGGCGUGGAAUAGAUUGCACACAAGGGAUAGGCUUCAGAAUUGGGGUCUCUCGAUCCCUGCUGAGUGUCUUCUUUGCAAUGCUCAUGACGAUUCGAGAGCACAUCUCUUCUUUGAGUGCCAGUUUAGUGGUGUCGUGUGGAGGUUUUUUACAGCCUCAACCAACCUUAAUCCUCCUGCCCAAUUAAUGGACUGUCUUAACUGGCUCUUAUCUCCCUCAAGGGAAAAAAAUAUUUGUCUCAUUAUCAGGCUGGCCUUUCACUCUUGUGUUUAUGCAAUUUGGAGAGAAAGAAACCAACGUCUCCACUCCGGCGUCUCUCGUUCUACUGAGUCUAUCUUGAAGGACAUCCAGCUCAUCAUUCGCGCUCGUCUGGAUCCUUUGUCUCGCAGCACGGCUCAUCAACCUAACGCUUUGUCCUUGCUAGGAACUUGUGAACCAGAAAUAACCGUCUAUAAAGCACCCGAAAUUGAAGUUAAAUUGGAUAACUUUAAUGAAAAGACUGAUAUCUAUAGUUUCGGGAUUGUUUUUUUGAGUUUGGCGCUAUUUUGGAUCUGA